AAAUAAGUCAUUUCUAAUAUAAAACUGCCGGAGAUAAAAUUUUCGGCCGGCAAUGUUGGCACAGUUCUAAAAUUAUACAUCGGGCUGGGUUAGUAGUGACGUUUUUUCAGCAUGACAGUGUGCUAUGGGGAACACACAUGUCAAACCCCAUCCCCGAACAAGAAAAAAACAAGUACAUUGGAAAGCGGCAGAUCGACCGUCACCGCCUGGUAAACCGCAUCUGGUCACAGAAAAUGAGGCCACCCCCGAUUUAAUAACAAUCCGCUGGAGCAAACCAGUUAAAGAUGGCGGAUCUCCAAUUUCGGGUUAUCUGGUUGAGCAUCGUCGAACAGGUUCCCCGCACUGGGUACGGGCAACGCCAUUAAUGGUACCGUUUCCCGAGCUAACGGUCAGCGGUUUGGAACCAGGAUGGCGAUACCAAUUCAGGAUCAGCGCAGAGAACGCAGUUGGCUUAUCAGAUCCAGGGGAACUCUCAGAACCUAUCACCGUAACACUACAAAGAUCGGCUAUUACGGCACCACGAUUCACCGAGGAACUUAAGGAUGCCACAGCACUUGAAAAUGAAAAAAUCGAGUUCGCCGUCCACUUUCUCGGGCAACCCGCUCCGAAGGUGUGCUGGUUCAAAGAUGGCUUUGAAAUAUUUAGUAGCAGGCGAAUUAGAAUUUUAACGGAACAUGACAAAAGCAUUUUAACUAUUCACCAGUGCGCUCUGGCUGACGAAGGUGAAAUUAAAUGCACAGCCACGAACAGAGCCGGUCAUGUUUCCACCAAAGCCAAACUCACAUUAGAGGCUCCUCCAGCCAUUCGACUUCCCAGGCAGUACGAAGAAGGUUUAUUAUUCGAAAUUGGCGAAGCGAUACGAUUAAAGGUAUCAGUCGCCGGACGUCCGACUCCGUUGGUCUUUUGGAGCCACAAUGGAGAAUCAAUUCAGAAUAACGAUCGACAAGAAGUUGAAUAUAUCGACAAAUCUUCUGUUUUAAAAAUAAAUGAAGCAAAACGAUCGGAUCGCGGCGAAUAUCAAAUUAAGGCUGUCAACAAACUGGGUGAGGACCACACCUCGUUCCUAGUCACAGUAACUGAUAAACCUUCCCCUCCUGGUAAAGCAAGAGUAAUAAUGACUUUAGGUAGAUCAGUUACUUUGUCGUGGUCUACACCUAACGAUGAUGGAGGAUGUAAGAUUGGGAAUUACAUUAUAGAAUAUUACAGACUAGGCUGGAACGUAUGGCUUAAAGCCGCAACGAGUAGACAACUAACUACCAUGCUUGGUGAUUUGAUUGAAGGUAGUGAAUACAAAUUUAGAGUCAAAGCAGAAAGUCCUUAUGGGAUCAGCGAACCCAGUGAGGAAACGGACGUUGUUUUUAUUCCCGAUCCUAAAAGAGGCAUUACGCAACCUAAUCAAACCAGAGGGCGCAGUCAACCAAGAGAUAUUUUAGAUGAUAUAUCCACGCCUGUAGCAGUAAAACGUAAAAAGCCAAGGUCACAAUCUUCUGGGAGAGCGGAAGAGAAACAUACUGAAUCAAAUAUACAAUCAUCCAUUUUUAAUGCCGGAAUACCUAAGAGGCCUGAACGAACAAAAAUUAAAAGCCCUCCCAAAACACCAGAAGUAUCUCCUAUGCCCACUAAAAAAAGUGUGGCAAAUAAUAUUAACAAAAAUAUAUUUGACAGAUCAUCAAUGACAAGGGAACUUUCUUAUGGAAGCCCUGAGAUAAAAGUAAAAAAAGAGUUAGAUUUGCCGGAUAAUUAUUUAUUGAAUUAUUCAAGUUCUGAAAAAUCAAAAACACCUAGUCCUAUAUUAAUGAAAGAUGACUCUGAGCAACGACCUUCUAGAUCUAGAUCUGUCAGCUUCUCAUCGCAGAAGAGCCUAUCUCCAAGUCCAGAACCACCAAAAAAUAAAUCACCUAGGGAAAAUAAUGAAAAUAUUACUGGUAGUUCAGAAUUUAUGUUGGUACUUUAUCCAGAUGGAAACCAAAAAGGUCACGGUGAUGAAUACUCUAUAGAUUUUGACGAAAAUUCGGUUCCCCCUCCAAUAUCCCUUUCUGCGCCAGAACUGAGUAAGGAACCUCCUGAAAUGUUGCAUUCGUUGAGAAAUUCAGCUAGUUCCUCAGAACUUCUUCACGAAAGAGCCAUGAUGAGAUUCUACCAGGCUGCUGAAGCUGAAGAGGCCGAACUCGAAAAGAAACGGAAACUAAAUGAAAAAAGAAAUAGUGUAGAUAUACCAAAGAUACAAAUUAAUUCACUAGAUGAUGCCAAUAUAGUCGGAUUGGAAAGAAAACACUCCCUAAGGAGAAGAUUGUCGUCUGGUGGAAUAUCCCAUUGGCAAGCGAUGGAAACUCAAAGACGUCAAAGUUUGAAAACUCCCAAAGAAUUAGCCGAAGAGUUGUUGCAAAGUAAAUUGCAGAAGUUUAGUCCGCCGGAAAAACGUGAACUAAUGAUGUUACGUCAACGAUCAGAGUCUGAAGAAAAAGAAGAAAUUGAAUUUGAGAAAGUCCGCAAGAAAAUGCAAGAUAAAGUUAAGUUUGAGAAAAAAGUUAUAAAAGUGGCUGAUAUGGAGAAAUGGAGUGACGAUUACGAAGAAAGUACUGAAGAGGAAACUGAAUCUUCCGAAGAUGAACGACGUAACUCCCAGACUAUACAUCACUAUGACUUAACUGAUGAGGAAGAAGUUACGUAUCAUCCAUCGACCGUGGUGAACAAUGACAACGAACCGUUUGAGAUACUGACUAAACGUAAAAAUUUGCCUGAUCCAAAUUUCGUACCAAAGCCAAUUUUAAAGAAAAAAGAUUACGAAGACAUUAAAUUUGUGGAGACCAUUGCUGUUCCAGUAAAGGAUAAAAAGAAACAAAGGUCCCAUUCACCAAUGCCUGCUGAUGUAAUGCAGCGGGAGAGAUCCCAUUCUUUGGUAGAACAACUAAUAGAUCCAAUAACGGAGAAAAUGUUUGGCAAGAAGCAGGACAAGAAAAAAGAAACCAAUUCUAGACCAAGAUCAUUUUCUUUAAUUCCUAAUAAAGGUGGAGAAAAAUUUCCCUCUUUAGAAAAAAUUAAAGAGGAAGAUAAGGUUUCACCGACACACAAUUUAAAAAUAGCAGCUGAAUUGACUGGUAUUACUGCCGCAAGUAUUGUUAUUCCAGAGAGAUUGUUAAACAAGAAAAAAGAUAACGAGGAGGCUAAAGUCGUAAUUGAUCAUUAUGGGGAUAUUCUUAAAAAUUACAGUCAAAAAAAGAAAUUAAACAAGGAAACUGCAAAGAGUUAUACGGAAACCGAAACUGUAUACACUGUCACAGAAGCAGUUGAACCAUCAAUUGAAAGUUUGUCCCAGAUUGUGGAGAUUAUUGAUGUUAUACCACCAAAGCCAAAUGUAAUAAAGGAGCCACAUAACACAUUUGAAGAAAAAAAGGUGUAUAGCAGAAGUGCUAUAACUAAUGACGAACAAAAAGAUUGUGAACCUCUCAAUGAGAAGAAGCGAGAUUUUAACAAAUCUCCGAAAAAAUCAAGAAGAACUCCAAGCCAAAGUCCAGGUAGGCGUAACCACAGUAGAAGAUCGGCUUCAAAAUCUCCAUCAAGGAACGAGAACUAUUUGAAAAUGGGCUCUGAGAAACGUCGUGGGAAAACAUCUCCUUCACCAAUGAGACAUCCACAAAGAAAUGUAUCUCAAUCACCCGCUACGAGUAGGAGAAACUCAUCUAAAUCGCCCUCGCCCGUGAAUUCAAAAACGUAUGAAUAUUCACGUCACCGGCCCCUGUUAAAAGAAAUUAUGACCCAAACAUCUGUUGGUCUAGAGUCAUUUUCUGCCGAGUCAAGAACAUCUACGCCAACUGGAAGGUCUUCGAAACAAGAGGAGUUGAUCGCCAGAGCAGAAAUUAAAGUAAAAAGUGUUAUCGACUAUGUUACAGAUUUAACUAUGUUUUUGGUAGCUUGUUGGUUGUACGUAUUCAAAAAUGAACUAUUGGCUAUACCAUUUUUAUUGAUAAUGAUUUAUAGACAAUUAACCAGUGAGAUCAAACGAAGGAUACCGAAUUGGUUAGUCAAAAGGUUUUCAAAAAAGAAAGUAUAACAUUAGAAUAUAUAUUUAAUAUUUAUAAACGUAGGAAAUAUUGAUUAUAUCAAAUAUAUUUUUUGAUAUUUCAUAAUAUCAUACCCCUAAAUGAAAUCUAUGAUUUCUGAUAAAGAAUAAGUUCGAUGUAUAUAUUAUAAGUACAUAUUUACUGAAUAAAUUUUGUUUUAAUUUC